AUGGCCCAGCAGGGAAUCGUCCUGCCCUUCAACCCCAAGCAACACUCCCACCUGACGCCGUACCUCGCCGCCAUCCACGCCUCCUGCAUCACGCAAGACCGCACUAUUGCCACGUUUCUCCCGCCCCUGUCACACGAGAAGUUGCUGUCGUGGUGGAAGGAGCGUAUAGCAGAGGUAAACGAUGGGAAGCGGCAGAUUUGGAUUCUUGUCACGCAGGUUGAUGAGAGUGGGAGACCCAAGGGCCCAGAGCUGAUGGGAGUUGUUAUGCUAACUACGCCGUAUUCGGAGACGGGUGCGUAUAGGGGCUACGUGGAGAAGUUGCUGGUUCAUAAGAACUUUAGGGGGAGGGGCGGUGCGAGGGCGUUGAUGGCGGCGUUGGAGAGCGAGGCGACGAGAAUGUCGAAGAAUAUAUUGUUGCUUGAUACGGAGACGGGGAGUGCUGCCGAGGCGGUUUAUCGGAAGUUGGGGUAUGUUGAGUUGGGGAGGGUUCCUGGGUAUGGGAUGAGUCCGGCGGGGGCGAUGAAGGAUGGGACGUUUUUUUAUAAGCAGCUUGGAUGA